AGUAUGACAAAAAUAAAAUUUCAUAAUUUAUGUGAUAAUAAAGGUCCAACUCUAAUUUUAGCAAGAAUUGAUAAUACAAAUGAUAUUAUUGGUGGAUAUAAUCCACAUUCUUGGACUAGUUCAAAUGAAUGGAUUGGAUCAACUGAAAGUUUUAUAUUUUCAUUCAAAUCUGAAAGUAGGGAAGGAAUUGAUGAUAUUAAUUUUAGUAGAAUAAACAAUCACAAUCCGAAUGCUGCAAUUUUUGACGGUGAUAGUAAUUUUGAUGUGACAUUUGGUUCAGAUUUAUCAUUAUUUAGUGGAGAGUAUAAACAUGUUCAUUAUCAAAGAAGAAUUAUGAAUUGUGGUACAUUUACAAUUAAAGAAUUUGAAGUUUUUCAAAUUAGAAGAAAUAUUAGGACGGCCUAAGUUUAACAUUCGUUUAGUUAUAUUUCUAAAUUCUAGAAUUCGCGUAUUUAAUAUUAAUAAUUUGUAAAUUUAAGGG